AUGGUGCAAUUGGCUCGAUCAUCCCAUCAGAAAACUCCAGCAAAACGGACCUCACGUCAUCUGGCGGAAAGGAAUGGAGAGCCGGUCAACACCAUCGAUAAAUACUUUGCUAGUCAAAAAACGUCACCCGAAGAUAUGACUUUCCGCCGCCGUCGACCGCCUUCUCAUGCGACUAGGGGCGAAAACUUUCCUAAUUCAACCGGGCUUUCCCCGCCACCAUCCCCCGAGUUUGUCUCCGACUGGAUUGAGCUGCAGAAAAGAAAGAAGAUGCGCCAGAGCCAAGUUGAUUCUGUGAUCACAUUGAGUGACACGACGCCAUCUCCGACCGUGGAGACAAGCCUGCGCAAAAAGCGGUGCACUGCGUUUCGCCAGAGGAGCUCAGCUGCCCAGAGAUCAUCGGGCUGCGAGACACCGACUUCUCGCCGGCCUCGCCUUUCAAACGCUUCUAAUAACAGCCCAGCUGCUUUGCACAACGAGCCUGACGUCCAGAAACUAGUGGUCACCCAAGCCAAAUCACCGUCAUUGACGCCAGCUGAACGUCUACGCAAUGGUGAGAAAAAAGAAAAAGAUACGACAACGCCGGUCAGCCGAGUCGCCAGAGGUACCAAGCGCAAAUUACCGGCUAGUGCGAAAGAUCCUACCCCGGAAAAAGACUCGACGCCGGAACUGUCAAGGAAGAAGACGCGAAAGACCCAUCAGUUAGAUGCUGAGGCCGAGAAGCUGUGCACGAUGUGCCAGAACGAAGACGACGAACUGAUGGCUAACUGUUCUAACUGCCAUAGAUAUUAUCACCUCUCUUCGUGCCUUCGCUACACCGCUCUGACGGCGAUGCGACUUGGUAAGCGCGACGACUGGAUGUGCCCUCAAUGCAUCCUUUGCGCGCAAUGCAGCAAGCUUAUUGACGACUCGGGCAACAAAGAAUGCCCCGAAUGUGGCCGCGCCUGGCACGGUAGCUGUUCUUCACACGCCAACUUCUCCGACACGGGAAUUUGUCGUUUAUGUACUCCAACAGGUUUUUCUAAAAAGAAGGGCCCGAAGGAAGCCAAAUUCAACGCUCCACGGCAGCCUCCCGCUUCACCAGAGAUUCGCUGGAACGCCGGUGGCGGCUCUAACACCCGCAAGGAUUUCCAGGACGUCGUGAACAGCAGACUGAGCAAGCCUUUUUCGGCAAUACCAAGGAAGGAAGUGAUAAAAUGCGAGAUGUCUGAAACAAAGACUAAAAAGGCCCGCACUAGCGGAACCCUCGGAGUUGCCUCUACUUCUUCAAGCUGCCCGCUAGACCUCACCGCAGAAGAGGCGAACAAGCACGCUAUGGGCCUGUAUUCCAAGGCAAAAACUGGUCCCCGAAGCGGAGCAUCUACAAGUCGAGCAAAUCGCAUUCCUGGCGAAGCCUGGAUUACCGUCGGAAAUCGACCUCGAAUGAGGGCAGAAUACCCGGCCAGUCUGCCAGGAUUCCUGGUGGGCGCUGCCGAUAUUUCCGUCUGUCCGCAUUGUCUGAAUUGGGGUAAAGGCCUCGAUCAGCUCAACAUUCACAGGGAAUUGUGCUCGUUUCCGCAUCCGCCUGGCGUCGAAAUAUAUCGAGACGACGACGUUUCUUUUUACGAAGUGGAUGGAGCGGCACAAAGCUUGUACUGUCGGCAAUUGUGUAAUUUGUCGAUGCUCUACCUUCAUUCGAAGCUGCUGCAGAACGACGUCGGCAAUUUCUGGUUUUACGUCUUGACGGAGCACACUCCAACCGGUGACGAGAUUGUUGGAUACUUUUCAAAGGAGAAAAAGCCGUGCAAGAGCUACAAUCUGAGCUGCCUUCUCGUGUUGCCCUACGCACAGAAGAAGGGCUACGGAUCGUUGCUCAUCGAUUUGAGCUAUGAACUCUCACGCCGCGAGCACAAGGUUGGCGGGCCCGAAAGGCCGCUGUCCAACCUGGGCUUACAAACGUACUCCCGCUACUGGAGAGCAUCCAUUCUGCGUUACUUCCGGUCCCGCGCGUCCCACGGGGAAAUCUCGAUCCACGACAUGGUGAUCCAAACGCGCAUUCAACAAGAAAAUAUCGUGGAACAGUUGCUGAGGGAUCGACUGCUCUACCAACGGGACAAUGUGUAUUACAUCCGAUACGCGGACGCCCUUCGAAUGCCGCUCAGUGACUUGCGUUGGCGUCGUCUCGAUCGUGCGUUACUCCUCUGGACCAACGACAGCCAUGGAGAUGCUCUCGACCCCGACAAGAUCAACAGCUACAUCGCGGAGACACCAAAGAGAAAU